AUGCGAACAAAACUAUCAAUCGAUAGACUCAUCUCAACAUUUCAACAAUGGCUGCAAAUACACAGUUUAUUCAAAAGACGACUAGCUACUCGCACCAAUAAACUUUUGGCGGCUUCAACUCGAAAACCAUAUGAUAGAAGCUUAUUAUCGGAUGGUUUCCAGACACAACGACUAUUCUCGUCAUCGUUUCUAUUGUCGUCGAAAAAUGGAUCCUUCAUUUCAAAUUCGCCAGUAAAAAAGAUAACGCGACAGCUUGAGGCCGAGCUUGCAGAAAUAGAAUACACGGAUAAAUUGGCAUACCUUGAUGCUAAGUACCGACUAAUAACACCUGAAACCAAAAAAGUCCUUGACAUUGGGUUUUCUCCUGGGCAUUGGAUGAAUUAUGUUGUUGAGCAAAUGUGCGAACUUCACAACGUAGCUCAGGACAAACUAUACACUAAAGAUGUGAUGAUCUUGGGCUUUGAUUUAUUGUUUAAGAACCCGCCGGCAGGAACUAGUUCAAUACAAGGAAAUAUCUUUUCCAAGUUUGCCCAGGCAUUGGUGGUCAAUCAUUUCAAGGAAUGUGAAUUUAAGCAAAGGAAAAAAAGAAUGAAGGACUUGGUAGAAAAAGAGCAAGAACCAGCCCAAAAACAUCAACAUCAACAGCGGCAGCAGCAGCAGAUUGAAGAGGACGAAAUUCGGCGAAAAUCAUAUUUUGAUCAUGAACAAGAAGAGCACAUGAUUGAAACCGACUUGGCCGAAUCUUUGAGAAACUUGAGUAUAUCCGAAUCCAAAUUACAACCAGAAUCAACUCAAAAAAACAUUCUAGUGUCCGAUGAUGCAUGGAAAGUGGAUUUGGUGCUUAGUGACUUGUCGCGACCCUUAAGACAAGUGUCCGGAUACUACGAUCGAACAGAAACGUACCCUUACAUCCGGUCAAAUACUAAUAAAGGUUUGAACCAUCAUGUACUAAAUCCUCAAAAAGCCAACUUGGAUUUGGGAGAGGCAUCCAUUAUUUUAAUGAAACAAGUAUUGAGAAGAGGGGGGAGCUUUGUAUUGCGACUACAGGAUGUUAACGGCAAAGACGCCGAGUUCAUAAUCAUGAGAUUGGGUCUUGAGAAAAUGUUUAAAAAAGUAGUUACAAUCGAAGUAGGAGCUGAAGUAAUCCUUGUAUGCAGUGUGAGAAAAUAA